AUGAAAGAGUCCCUGAGCCAGGCCCUCGUCGCCUUCUUCCCGGCGGCGGGGAGAUUGGCCCGAGAUGAAUUCGGCAUAUUCGAAAUCGACUGCGGUGGCCAAGGCGUCCUUUACUUCUUUUCAUGGAGGCCGAAAUCGGACCAACUGGUGGAGACACUAGCGGCGGCGUUCAAGUCCCCGCCGUCGUCGGUGGCGGUGGGGUCAGGAGGGAGCGGCGAGGUGUCGGAGAGCGUAGGAGCGUCGAGGAGUUCGAGCCGAAGGAUGACAGAGGCGUCGCUGGGAAGAAACGGUGGCAAGAACAUGCAUAUCCGCAAGUCCCGAACCCGAAGUGCGCAGAUGAAGUUCGAAGAAGGUGAGAGGAAGAAGUGGAUCGGUGAGAGGAAGAAGGUGAGAGAAGAAGUGGUUUGGUGA